GGAUGGAUUUCUCUAAUUUCUACUUUUUUUCGGACUUUUAAAUAUGGCAUUUUGGCAGAUCGUUGUGGAUAGGGAGGAGGCUAGUAUUGGAUGAGCGGAAAGAGUGGAUAUCGUAUAUUCUGGAGAUAUUGACGUCGUGUAGAGACAUCGUUUUGUAGGGAGCAUAAACGGACGUUUUUGUGCAGUGUUUGCCGUCACUAUUUUCUCCCGCCGUGGCUCAUGAAGGGAGGUCUCCCACCCCGCGAUUAUUUAGAUCGUUCUAUUCCACGGCCGUUAGACAACAAUGUGCCUUAACAAUUUAUUUGAUCACAUGACUCCUGUGGAAUCUCCGAUCUGAUUGGUUGAUCUGCAAACAUGACGCCUUCGUCGUGGUAAUUUGCAUGAUUUAUGAAGUAAUUUCCCUUGACCAACUUUGAACGCGUCGAUUAUGAUAAUAAAAGGGAGGGACCCAAAUCGGAAGUGAAUAAUAAUUAGGUCAUGUGCCAGGAAUGGUUACUGCGUAAUCGAUUUUUUGGGUACUUCGUCAACUGGCGGAGAAAUUUGCUGAUGCGCCAAAUCCCGUGCGAGUUUCUUCGAUAUUUCGCCGGAAAAUCAGUUUAAAACAGGUAAGAUCGGUUCAUAUGCCAAGAAUUCGUACAUGGUAACGAAGAACCCAUAUCGAGGGACUCUUAUGAACCAAGAAUAGAAACUAGCAAGUCUUUAUAAACGUAAACAGAAUGAUGAAAAGGGAAAAUUAUAUGGUAAUUUCUCAUCUUGGUGGUGUAUGCUACAAUGUGGAACCAACUACACGGCUCGUCGAUGGUGUAGCAGGAGAUUUGCUUGACCAACUUUGAAAAUCGCGAGCCCGGGUCUCCUGGUCGUAUUCCUUAUUAUAUACCAAGCCACUUUGGUUACUCAACCCGCCGUUGGCGCGGUGGUCGGCAGGCUAUUCAUAGUAACAAGACCGAGGGAUUUCUCCACAAGUAAAAAUUACCUAGCUAACGGCCGUGAUUCCAAUACGGAGAACGUGAGUAACAUUUUAUUCAUUGAUUUAUUUGGAGGCCGAUGAGAUCUUUGUGAACUUUGUUCGUGUACAUAUGUUGUCGUAUUCGGAAUCGUGUAUAUUCGUAUUAUUCUAAACCACGUGAAUGGAUUCUGGAAGGAUCUAUUCAAUCGUAUCGUAGAUGUGGAGCUCGCCAAGCCAGGAUCGACAGCAAGUGGACUCAUAGAGAAUUGAAGAAACCAGGCUGUGACAAAGACGAUUUUUCGCCUGGGCCAGAAUAAGGAAUAAAGAUGCGGUGGAUACUAAAUUGCAGCCCAAAACAAUUUACGACUGUUAAUGAAGCCAUUGCCAACUUAAACCAACUGCAACCUGAACAAUCAAAGACUAAGAGUGAUGAUGACUCCAAUUGCUAUGAUAGUGACCCUCAGAUUGAUUUCGAGGUGCCUGCCAUGCCUGCCCCCGUAGCGCCCAGUCCCAAAUUAACAAGCAUUCGACUAACUAGGUCUGAAAUUUAUGUUGUCAGCAUUCCUCCAGCAGAAAUGGUUUCGAGGGGACAUCAAGUCCGGAUGCCAUAUCGGUCAAAGGAAACGCAGACCACUAAUUUUCAACCUGACCUCACCCACACUUCAGUGUCGAUCAUGGAGGUACCAAGUACGCCUGAAGCUGCAUCUACCCCUCAGCCAAAAUACAAGAGGAAGCGUUCUGAUUCAGUGAUGCCAACAAUAAGCGAGCAUCCUCAUCCCUGACCGAGGGCAUGUGUGCAGUUUCAGUGUCCAAGCUUUUGGAGCUGUUCCACAUCUGCUACAACUGCGGCUCAAUGGUGACCAUCACACAGUCAUGCUUGUCAUGUGAUGGUAUCUGGAAAUGGCAGAGCCAGGAAAUGAUUGGAACGGUAUAUGCUGGUAACAUCGGCCUAUCGAUGGCAAUUCUUGCAGCGGGUGCUAUUCCAAGCAAAGUGAUAAGAGUCCUGCAAUUCUGGGGCAUUCGAAGCAUUUCCUCCGGAGCAUAUUUUCGACACCAGUCAAAGUACCUGAACCAGGCAGUACGUAAUGUUUGGGAGGAGGAGACCAUCCAGGCACUGGCAGCUGUAGAGGACGUGGCCAAACUCUCCGGUGAUGGAAGGUGCGAUUCGCCCGGCCAUUGUGCGAAGUAUGGCUCUUACAAAUUACAUGACACAGGGAGAAACGCCAUUGUCAUGACACAACUUGUUCAGUCCACUGAGGUUAAGAACUCCUACCACAUGGAGCUGGAGGGCCUGUCCCGAUGUGUCGAUGAAGUGAAAUCAUACGUCCCACAUGUUAAGAUAGAAUUAACAACUGAUGGCCACAAAUCAGUGGAGAAGUGGUUGAGAGAGGAACAAUCGGACACCAUAAGGCAUUAUUUUGAUGUGUGGCAUGUUGCUAAAGGACUGAGGAAAAGACUCAAGCCCAUAACCAUGAACAGGCGGUUUCAGCUGGUCAACAAAUGGCUGAAAAGUAUUAUCAAUCACUUGUACUGGUGUGCCAUGACCAGAAAUAACGACCAAUCAUUGAUCUUGGCCAAGUGGAGAUCAAUAGUGAACCAUAUAGCCGGCGUCCACACGCACGAAGAAAACGAACUGUUCCCCAAGUGUAUCCACAGUCGUAUUCCAAGGCAGUGGUUUAAGAAAGGAACAGAAGAAUACGACAAGGUGUGUGCUCUGCUACUCAACAAGAACCUUCUACAUUCAAUCUCAAAGCUCAGCUCGGAUGGCCAGACAUCUGGUUUGGAGGGAUACCAUAGCAGCCUUCUACACUUCGCCCAAAAGAUGUACCAUUUCGGAGACCUGUAUUCAUCCACGACCGGAAGUGUGGCAGUCACAUAGAGCUUAUCAAAAUGUCAAGUUGUGACAAUUCAUUGCUGCUGCUGAAACUCGGGCACCAAGUAUCUUGAGCUUCAAUGGAAUGGACUUUCCCCGUGUAUUGUUCAUGGUGUGGAUUGCUGCAUGAACACGACUGCGAUAGUUUUUAAGGAAUAUAACAUGAAGCAAACAGUCACUGAAGAAACAACUGAUUACCACACCAAAUUAGACCUUGUAUUUACAAAUGCACAUCAUGUGGACCAUACAGGGGUCAUUGACAAUUGCUGGUCUGACCAUAAAAUGAUAUAUACAUCUUUACCAAUGCCAGAAUCACUGACCCCAUAGCCUUCCCUUUGACACAGGCCUUCCCAAGAAAGGUGCUGAAAGCAUCCUCCAUGCCGGCACUACAUCUACCGUCACUGUCGGUUGUACAGCAAUGAACAAAUAAUUCUGUUGUCUCUUCAAGUCAUCCUUAUUCAGUUCAACAGUUUCCAUCCCAACCCUGUUGACAGUGUUUUGUAAACUUGAUUUCGACAUUGGUGGAACAUUUGCUAUUGACGCAUCCUGUCCCCUCCGGCGAAGUAUCUUCAGUGGGCUGACCGUGUUCUCGACCGUCGGUGCAUAGAUUAUCCCAUCCGAUCGCUCACGCACAACAUUGUUGUAAUCCUCAUGACUGAAACGAGACCAGCUACCAUCGAUUUUCUCUGGAGGCAUUGUCCUGCUGUAGGGCGAGUGACUCUUCUACUGGUUGCAGUAUCCUGCAAGACCUGGGUCCUGUCAGUUCUCUUCGCAAUCUCUGAUUGAGGUACUGAUGCAUCAGAUCACUCUUCAAGGACAAGGCUGUACCGGCACGAUAUCUCCUCAUUGAGAAUAUGACCAAUUUAACAUCUACUAUAUGUUGAGGUGGAUUCAUAACAAAGCAUUUGAGCAUUUUUUCUCUCUUUUUAAUGAAUCGACAUAUUUGUCAGAUUUCAACGCAUUUACAGAGUACAAGUGCAGACCCUUGCGGAGUUGGGCACCAGAGCCAAUGAUGACAUGUGCCAAUAUAUUGUUAUUUCUGAUUACCUGUAUAGUCCUUGUAUAAAACAAACAGUGCUCCAUAGUAUUAAGUCAUAUUUGACAACAUUAUUAGCUCUUGAGUUUGGUUUAGCUUCAGAAUUAAAAGGUGGCACAUUCAGAUAUAGCUUUGAGUAGAUGAACUCCUCAAAUUUCUUUAAAAGUCAAUAUUAUUUAAAACUUUCUUUUGCAGACUGUUGUGAACAUCUAGGGGAAUCUAGGCAGAAAUUCUGACCUGGGGUCAAAACUGGCUCUCUACUAGGGCAGAGACAUGUAUUCAUCCACAGGCAGAAGUGUGGCACUGACACAUAGUCCGUACUGAACUGUGAAGCUGUGGUAAAUACAUGACUGUGAUGGGUGAAAGUGGAUUUAUUCUUCAAUCUUUGGUGGAUUCUUAAUCUACAGAGCCAGGCCAUAACAGGGAUAUACUUUUUGAUAAUUAAUUUAGGGAAAUAUUGUGUCAGUGGCAAGUUUAGAACUUGUAUUCUAAUAGGCCCAGUCUGCAAGUGACGAUUUGAUGGCAAUCCUGUACACAAAUAAAUUUUUCUCAGGCAAUCGGUAUUGGAAUGUUUUGAAUUUUUACAAUUAUUUUGAUAAAAGCCUCUUCAUAAUACAUAUAAAAUUUGGUGGGAAUUAAAGCACCCUUGGUGUACUUUUUUCACCAACCUAUGUUUAUAAAAUGUACACAGAAUGUACACGCUGGCUAAUAGAGGUUUCUGGACUGCAAUUUUUUUUUUGCGUCUCAGUUGUUGAAUUGAUUCAUAAAUACAGUAGUUGUCAGGUUCAUAAUAAUGUUCAGUUAUGGAUAAUUUGAUUCUUUUCUGGUAUUUUGAUCGUGUACAACUCAAAAUUUAGCAAGGGGGGAUUUGCUGUGUAUUCACUCUUUGUAAUUCGCGCCUUACGUUGGUGGCGACGUCUGUGUUAAGUUGAAUAAACCUCGUUGUAGUUUCGGUAUUGAGAAUGGAA